AGUAAAAAUUCCGCUGAUGAGAAUGAUAAAAGCACAGAAAAUACUGCUUGUGACUGCCCUAAUUUUGGUUUUGCCUGUAGUCCUUGCAAACAAGAAUCACGGACGAGUCGACUUAAUAUCAAAACCAUCAGCUAUGGCUGCGCGUUUUAAAAAUUCAAAAAGACUGGUGAUUGUAAGAUGCUGCGGCAAUAGAAGGUGUUCAGACGUAACCAGGAAAAAAUUGAUGACGACGGCGUUAACCAAAAAAACGACUAUCACCAACGUUAAAAAGCAUCCGAAUUCCACCACAAUAAUGAAAGAAGUUGAAACAACGGAGCAGGAAACAACCGAGCAGACGCUAUUUGCAACCAGAGAAGAACUUUCAUUUUCAACAACUUCGUCUCAACCCGAAAGUACAACAGAAAUACAGCAAACCCCCGUACUUACAUUACCAGAACCAACUGUAACAACGUUGGAUGCAUCAAGUGAGCCAACUAGCUCUUCUUAUUCGACAACAUAUUCGACCACAGCUUCUGUCACAUUUUCAACAACUCCUAGUAUCGAAGAAAAUGGUUCCACCACUAUGGAGACGACAACUAUUUCAAGGGAAACAACAGCAACCACCAGUCCGACUAAAACAGCCAUCAGUUCAUCUAUAAAAACCACCAGUCCAACAUUAACAACAACCAGGUUAACUACCACAAGGACAACAACAACAAAAAUUACCACAACCACCAGGCCUCAACCCUGUUUAGCCAAAUUUAACUGUCAGAGUUUUGGAAAAAUGCUCAGUGCAAAGACGCCCAUUCCAUCCUCCAUUGCUGGUUCCGCGUUCACUUCCUGCGGUCGCUCUUAUUUUGCGGGCGGAACAUCGGUAUCUCUUUCAACUGCGGCUACGUAUUGCAAGGCAAAAAAUUUGAGCUUGUUGUCCAUAGACAGCCCUCUUGAAUUCAGAUGCCUCCUAAAUUUAUUCAAAUAUCUGGUUAAAGCUUAUCCAAGCUUCAGUUACUACUGGACAAGCGGCGCCAACGAAGGUGACCGUUGCGAUGAUUUCAAGGUUUACUCUUGGUGCUCUUUGAAUGAUACUUUGCUGUCGGCGGAAUUUUCACCAACGAUGAGUCCGAAUAACUCGCUGUGGUCAAUCGCGAUGCCAAGCAAUAAAACGGCCGACCGUUGUUUGCUCUUCAAAUUCAACCGGACAACCACCGAAAGCAAAGGUCUGCAGCACCUUUCCUGUCAGAGAACCUUUCCGUAUAUUUGCGAGCCGGCGUGUCAAAAACCCAACUGCCCAUCCAGCUGCGAUCCUGACGACUCUCUAUUUUACGCUAAUAAAACAUUAAUAGGUUUGGAAUAUUUUGUUGAAAUAUUAAUAAGAGUUUAGAAUUUUCAAGCUUUAAAAGACCCUCUCUCGUACGGAUUUUGGACUCAAAGUUGCGGCAGCAAAUAUUUGUUUGGAAAUUCACCGGUAACCUGGGAGGAAAAUUGGAAUAUGUGCUGUCGGCUAGGGAUGAGGCCGGUAAUAUUUGAAACCUACGAGGAG